CCUUCCUUGGCCAUCCCAUCCCUUUCAAACCCACGAAGCAACGACCCCUCGAGUGACCCCUCUAUAACACACCCUCAUCUAUUAAAAGACCGAAUCUCUCAGGAUCCGCACCCCUCGUCUCCCGUCUUCCCUACACACGGAUCCAUAAGUACCUUCUUCAGUCUCAACUGUUCGUCUCCAACAACAAAGACAAGUCUCAUAUCACGCGGACACUUCUACUCAGACACAUAAACAUUCCCAUCAGUCAACAUACGACAGCUGUGUCCACACGAGACCACCUCAAUCAACAACACCACACAUCACAUCCAAACGGCCGCCACAAUGGAGAGGACACCAUCAUACACCAUCACCGAGCCCCACCCCACGGUGGUGCAAAACACCUACACCAAGGCUGGCCGCGGCGGUGCCGGUAACUUCUUCCGUGCUCCCAAGACCACCCCUUCGACCGGCGUUCCCACCAAGGUCACACCAUCAGCACAACCCAGCGCGCCCGCCCGUUUCUACUCGGGUCGCGGUGGCGCUGGCAACGCCCACACCUACACCCAGCGCCCUACCCUUUCUUUCGACGAGGAGUACCAGAGGGCCGAGGUCCGCGAGAAGGCUGCCACCAUGGGCUACGUCGGGCGAGGCGGUGCCGGCAACAUCUUCAGCACCGUCAGUGACAAGCUCAGCAUCCGCUCCGAGAGCAGCUCCAGGAGCAGGCAUCGCCGCGACUCCGUCAGCACCACCGAAAGCCACCGCUCUGGUUUCUGGAGGACGUUGAGCAACCUUGCCCACAAGGGUUAGGAGCCCCGUUCCGACAAACGAAGCAGGAGGACCCUUUACGAGUGGCGCCUGUCACUGGCAGAGUAUGGAGAGAGCAGCAUAGGCUCGAGCAUUUGCAGCAGCAAGGAGGAAGAAGCAGUCCAGGAAGAUCAUGGGGUCAAGGAUGACGAUGCCAGUGCUGAGAGGGAAACCCACCGAACUGCGAUUCAACGUGCUGGCCUUCGCAGAUAUCACUCCGAACCCGCUCUUCGACCGAAAUACUUGUCAGCCAUGGCAAGCAUCCGACGCAACUCUCUUGCACCAUCGUCCUAAUGCAGCCAUCCUCCUCUCCCUCUUCAUCCUCCUCCUACUUCUUCAUACUUUUUCUUUUCACUUCAUACACACACUCACCACUCCAUUAUUCAACCUAUGGACGUCGUCUUUUUCCUUACACAUGUUUUAUUUCUUCAACAUCAGCACGGCGUUUCGGGCGGCUUCUGUGGUUGUGUAUGCCACAUUCGGCUAUGGGUUUUACAACAACGAUGGGAAUCCUAGGAUGAAUCAGGAAUUUUGGGACAAAAUGUUUUAGCAGGGAGAGUUCACAAAAGAACUAGGCAAAAAAGUUUUCUUAUUUUAUUAGCAAUCAUGUAAUGGGGGGAAUCUCAGCAAAACAAACGGCGAGAAAGAGAGAUAUCUCAGACCAACGACCUCCUCACAGAAGAGUCGUUUUCCUUUCACAACACAAACCACGGCGAUGUCGUCGGAUCAUGACCAAUUCACUCGUUUCUGAUUGGUUGGAGCAAGAGGUGGUUUUUGUUGGUGGCCGCCAAGGAAAAUUAGGGGUUCAUCUCUUGGUUCUUCUGCAGCGCUGACGCUCCCCGCAAAAACCGAAAAGAGCCUCUUCAGCUCCUCACACAUCAUUUCAACGACACAAGGGAAAGGGCACAAAAUCGGCGUUUGUUAUUGGUUUGCUGGCGCAUGAAACAGCAGUUUUUCGAUGCGACUGUUCUGCUUUUGGACAUUGAUUUGAAAGCGAAUAUCAAGAUACCCCAUGGAGAGAGAGAGCGUUUAUGUAUUGGAUGGAGAUUUGUUAUUUAUUGCGAGCACCAUUUUUCUUUUUUUCUUUGGCAGGAAUGUGGUGGACGAACAAGUACAAAUCGAACAUUUUCUGACUGCCA